GCGCAUCGCCAUUCUACUCACACAUAAUUUCCUAGUCGAGAAUCGAUAAUAUUAUUGGAUUCGCGAACUUGUGAAUUGUGUAGUUAUAAAGCGUGUUUCAGUUCAUGCAAUUUUGCGAUGUAUGUGUGUACAUCACGUGCGUUUUGUAUCUCCUACUCCGCACAAGCUGCACCGACGUCAUCGGCAUCGACGUGUUCAACAGUAAACAGUUUGUAGUGCAGCAUCGUAGCAGACGGACGCAUGGUCGAUGUAACAGAGAGACAUAACAUACGUUUCAAGGUCAUAGUGGUAGACGUAUAUAAUUUGGCAAAUGGCUCGGCAUUGGCUUAGGGAACAAAUUCCGAAUUUCUGGAAACGUGGCGCUUGCGUGAGCGUGAUUACACUUGGAACUUUCAUCGGGUGCACAUUAUUAGUGUAUACAACGCUUGCGAAUCCCACUCCUAAAUAUGGCACGUUGCAGCAAGUGGUAUUUCUAUUUCGCCACGGUGACCGAAACCCCACGGAGACUUACCCUAAGGAUCCUUAUAUAAAUUACACUUGGCCCAGUGGCUGGGGUGCCUUAACCAAGAAAGGAAUGCUGCAGCUAUAUAACUUGGGUCGAUGGAUUCGCCAGGAAUACGGCGCGAUAAUCGGUAACAAAUACGAAAGCGUAAACACGAGUGUGCGUAGCACUUAUGCCGAUCGGUGUAUUAUGUCGGCACAAACGCUUCUCGCGGGAUUGUUCCUACCGAGUCCUGAGGACAUAUUUGUACCCGGCUUGGAAUGGACACCUGUACCUGUGCACGCGAUACCGCGUGAAGUUGACAAGUUGAUAGCAGUAAAAGCACCAUGCCCACGACUAGCGGAAGCUUUGAAGAAGGCCUAUCAGGAAGAGGAGAAAAGAUCGGGUGAGGCAAUGGCCGAUUAUUACAAAGGAUUGACAGAACACACCGGACAGAACAUGACCACGAUCACCGACGUCGAGUUUCUUUACAAUACCCUCGAGAUCGAAGAUAAACAUGGAUUACAACUUCCGAUAUGGACGCAGAAAUAUUAUAACAACGAGAUGCGCGAAAUAGCUGCUCGCAGUUUGGCGAUUUUCACCGACAACAUUAUUCAGAAACGUCUUCAGGGAGGUCCGCUGGUAAAAGAGAUUCUGCAACAUAUGGAGGAGACUAAGAUUGGCCCGCAACCGAAACGUGCUUACUUUUAUUCCGCUCACGACAUAACUAUCGUCAACACGAUGAGAACAAUGGGAUUUACGAGUAAACUUCUCAAACCGGAUUACGGGGCAGCGCUCAUUUUAGAAUUGCAUCUCGCCGAUAAUGGAAAUCAAGAAGUGAAGAUUCUAUAUUUGAAGAAUACGGAAACAAAAGUCGCAGAAUUCCUGGAAAUUCCUAAUUGUGCGAGUCCUUGUUUAUUGCAAAACCUGAAGCAAGCGUGGAGCGAAGUGAUCCCGGAUAACUGGGAUGCGGAAUGCAAAACAUAAAAAACAUAAAAAAACUUCAUGUUUUAUGUAUGAAAUUUACGAUAUAUUGAAAUUAUUAUGUGUACUUUAUCUACGCGCGUAUAUGCUAGCGUAUAUAAGGACGGUUCAAAUAUAAACGACUGUCUUUUUUAA